GGAAACAUUCUGGAUUCCGGCAUCGAGCAUACGGUUGUUGAAUUCAUUCUUAGAGGAAAUGAAGACAAUCCGUUUCAUAAUGGAGCGUAGGCUAGAUGAGUUAGGGGUAACAGAAAAUAUCGACGAAGAGACUAGAAUGGAGGGCUUAUAAAUCACCAAAUUUCAAGCGUUUCUAAAAGCUGUUUAAGAAAUUUCAGGUAAAGUUCUCGCGAUAUUCUUUUACUAGCCUAGUAGGCAUCGAGGAGCCUUGCAUGAAAUAAAAUCUCGCGAGAUCUCUGUAGUGGCGGAACCGGAGACGAGGAAGAAUUGUGAUCUCACGAAAGCGCUUGGGAGCACUCGCGAGAUCUGAAGCGCCGACCCCAAAAACGCUUUUAGGAAGUUUAAGGCCCAAAGGAGGUCCCAGGGCCAAUGGCCGGAGCUGGGCCGACCAUGCUACUACGAGAGGAGAAUGGCUGUUGCAGUCGGCGUCAGAGCAGCUCCAGCGCCGGGGACUCUGAUGGGGAACCGGAGGACUCGCCAGCAGCGCGUGCACGGCAGCAACUAGAGGCACUGCUCAACAAGACCAUGCGUAUUCGUAUGACAGAUGGAAGGACACUAGUUGGCUGCUUCCUGUGCACCGAUCGCGACUGUAACGUCAUCCUGGGCUCUGCGCAAGAGUUCCUCAAGCCUUCUGAUUCAUUUUCUGCGGGGGAACCCCGUGUGCUGGGUCUGGCCAUGGUACCAGGACACCACAUCGUUUCUAUUGAAGUCCAAAGGGAGAGUCUGUCGGGGGGCCCGUAUCUCUGACCACGAUUGCACUUCUCUUUGAGACCAUUAAACCCUAUGACCAAA